AUGAGCGUCACAUUCACCGUCCAGCGUGGUUCCAAAAGCGGAAAGAUUGUCCAAGACACAAGCAACCGCCAACUCGGUCGCAACGAAGCCUAUCUCAAGAUCACGCACUCUGGCCUGUGUGGAACAGAUGAACAUUACCUCCACGCCGGUUUGGCCCUAGGCCAUGAGGGUGUCGGUAUCGUUCAGGCUGUUGGCCCAGAUGUCACUUCCGUCAAGGUUGGCGACCGUGUCGGAUUUGGAUGGGUUCACAAGACUUGCGGCCGCUGUGAGCCCUGCCUUACUGGAAUGGAUUUUUAUUGCGCCGAAAAGACAGAGUAUGGCUCUCACGACCAUGAUGUUGGCUCUUUUGCCAGCCAUGCCGUCUGGGAUGCCGACUCACUUCACAAGAUUCCCGAGGGUCUUGACAGCGCUGAUGCCGCGCCCCUCAUGUGCGGCGGUGCUACCGUUUGGUCACCCUUUGCUCUCUAUGGUAUUAAGGCAACUGAUCGUGUUGGUGUCCUCGGUGUUGGUGGCCUUGGACACUUGGCAAUCCAAAUCGGCGCCAAGAUGGGCUGUAAAGUGGUUGUCUUCUCCAGCAGCGAAUCUAAGAGGGAGGAUGCAAUGAAGCUUGGCGCCAGUGAAUAUCACGUUCUAACUGCGGAUUCUUCUCUGGACGGAAUUGAGCCCGUCAAGCAUAUGCUCCUGUGUGGAAACGCCCAGCCAGAUUUUGCCCGCAUGAUUCAGCUCACUGCUGUUGGCGGCAAGAUUUACAACUUGAUUGUCAGCUUUGACGCAUCUCCUGUGCCAAUGCUGCCCAUGCUGGUAAAAGGCAUCAGCAUCCAGGGUUCGGGUGGCGCGCCCCGCGCUGAAAUCCGGAAAAUGCUCGACUUUGCAGUACAGCACGGAAUCAAGCCUGUCAUUAUGAAGUGGCCAUUGACCACGCAGGGUGUAGAGGACGCAAUGAAGGCGCUGCGGGAGGGAAAGAUGAGGUACCGUGGCGUCUUGGUGGCGGAGGACUAA